CUCCUCUCCUCAGGUGUUUUGGUAUUUGGCUGCAGUCAUGGCCGGGAGCUCAGAGAAAAUACCGAUCGCCUCAGCGGGACCGGAGGAUUUGCAACAGUUUUUGCCCCCGGCCUACUCUGCGGUGGCCGUGAAGCCCAGCGCCACAGGGCGCCUCAUUAAGGCCGGGAUAGCGGUGCUCAUUGCUGGGGCUCUUCUGUUGCUGCUGGGGGCCGUUGGAGCCUUCUACUUCUGGAACAACAACGAGAAACACGUCUACAAUGUUCACUACAGCAUGAGCAUCAAUGGCAAAGUCGAGGAAGGCUCAAUGGAGAUUGACUCUGGGAACAACAGGGAGAGUUUCAGCACCGGCAGUGGGACAGACGAGGCCAUGGAGGUCCACGACUUCGAGAUUGGCAUCACUGGGAUCCGGUUUGCAGGAGGAGAAAAAUGCUACAUCAAGACGCAGGUGAAGGCUCGGCUGCCCGAUGUGGACACGCUCAACAAAGACACCCUGACCUUUGACCUGGAGGAUGAAGUGAUGCCUGCCAAGUUUGACGAUAUGAUCUGGGUGGCAGCUGACGCUCCACUGACAGACUCGGCUUUCCUCAGCACCAGGAUCAAGGACUUGUGUGGAGACCUGCCAAUCUUCUGGCUCCGCCCCACCUAUGCCACCAGCGAACAGAGGAAGAAGAGGACAGUCCCACGGCAGAGGCGCCAGGUCGAUGCUGAAGAGGAUGUGGAGGCAAAGGUCAACCCUGAGAACCCCUACCAGCAAGGUCUUGAGGGCGAGACUGGUGAUAUGAACAUUGACCCCAGGCUGGACCACAACGGCAUCUGCUGUCACGAAUGCCGACGCAGCUACACUCACUGUAUGAGGGUGUGCGAGCCAUUGGGAGGCUACGAACCAUGGCCCUACCAUUACAGAGGCUGCAGACCAGUGUGCAGAAUUAUCAUGCCCUGCAGCUGGUGGGUGGCUCGCAUCAUGGGCCUAGUCUAA